AUGAUCAAAGGCGACUGGCACAUUGUUCUCAAGGAGUUACACGAUCAGUAUGGCCCUGUCGUUCGCUACUGUCCGAUCAGUGUCUCCUUCACCGGUGCCGAAGCCUUUAAACACAUUUACGGACACAAGAAAGCUGGAGAGAAGCCCUAUGAGAAAGAUGAGACGUUUUACGUUCGUCCGCGUUCGACAGAAAAUAUCUCGUUCACCUCCAGCGCGGGGCACGGCCGGCACCGCCGUCUGAUAUCCCACGCUUUUUCGGCCAAGGCACUCAGCAGCCAAGAGCACAUCCUGAAGCAGUACUGCGACUCGUUCGUCAGCAACCUUGAGAAAUACUCCAAGCAGCAGGGCGGCUCUGUGGACAUUGUCCGCUGGUUCAACUUUGUGACAUUCGAUUUGAUCGGCGACCUGGCAUUCGGGGAGUCCUUUGGCUGUAUGGACCAAGGAGGAUACCACCCCUGGAUACACAUCAUGUUCGGCAGCAUCAAGUUUAUAAUCUACCAUUACGUUCUAUGUCGUCUUAACCUGCAAAAGGCUGUCCCCCUGCUGCUCCCAGCCAGCAUAAAGAAAGGGGCCGAGGAGCAUCACAGGUUCGCUCGAGAGACGUCAAUGCGAAGAAUGGAUGCAGGUGUCAAGGAUCGACCAGACUUCAUGACGUACAUCCUUCGGUACAAUGAUCACAGGGGUCUGACCGCAGAAGAGAUAUUCGAGAACGCCAACUUCCUGGUCGCCGCAGGUAGUGAGACUACGGCUUCGCUCCUCAGUGGCCUCGUUUUCUAUCUCCUGAAGCAUCCUGAUAUCUAUACCAAGCUUGUGACAGAAAUCCGGAGCGCGUUCAACAGCCAAGAGGAAAUUUCUUUGGAUGGAGUCAGCAGGCUUGAAUACAUGCUCGCCGUUCUCAAGGAAGGCCUCCGGAUGUGCCCUCCAGUCCCAACAGAACUCCCCCGGAGGGUGCCCGAAGGAGGAGAUGUCAUUUCAGGUUACUGGCUGCCUGAGAAUACAAGAGUCGGCGUCUCCCAUUUCGCAGCCUUCACGUCGUCCUCGAACUUUCGGGAUCCAGACUCCUUCGUCCCAGAGCGAUGGAUGAAUGACCCCCGGUACGCAGAUGACAAGAAGGACGCGCACAAUCCCUUUUCGCUAGGCCCGAGGAACUGUGUUGGUCACAAUCUGGCCCACGCGGAGAUGCGGUUGCUCCUUGCUUAUCUGCUGUGGAACUUUGAUUUGGAGUCAGCUUGUCAUGAUUAUGAGAAGUGGGCGGAUCAGCCAGUCUAUGCUACAUGGCAAAAAGAGAAUCUCAAUGUCAAGUUGGUCAAGGUUGCCAGGGGAUAG